AGACCCUCACCACCAAAGUUUUGAAUUUUAUUUUAGCUAAAAAAAAAAAACAAAAACAUAAAACAAAAUACAACUACUCUCGUUUCUCUUUUCUCUUUUCUCUUCUCUUCUCUCUGCUGCUGCAGACUCUCUAUCUAGGGUUUCUCUGUUCUCACUCAGGUUGCUGUCGAUAUGGAUUCUGCAGCGCAGUCGUACCAGCAUCGCUCACUUUCAAUCAAGUUAUGGCCUCCUAGCCAGAGUACAAGGCUAAUGCUUGUGGAGCGGAUGACCAAGAACCUAACUACUCCGUCCAUUUUCUCUAGAAAGUAUGGGCUGCUGAGCAAAGAAGAGGCUGAGGAGGAUGCGAAGGAAAUUGAGGAUGUAGCUUUUGCUAAUGCUGCCCAACACUUUGAGAAGGAGCCUGAUGGUGAUGGGAGUUCUGCUGUACAGAUUUAUGCCAAGGAGUCUAGUAAGCUUAUGUUGGAGGUGUUGAAAAGAGGACCAAAAGUGAAGGAUGAUGGAGAAUUGGUAUCUGAGAAGGCUGGUUCUACUGCUGAAACUGUUUUUGACAUAUCUGGGGGUCGCAGAGCUUUUAUUGAUGGGGAGGAAGCUGCUGAACUUUUGAAACCAUUGAGGGGGCCAAACUCUUAUACUAAGAUAUGUUUCAGCAAUAGGAGUUUUGGCUUGGAUGCUGCUCAUGUAGCUGAGCCCAUCCUUAUAUCAAUUAAGGAUCAAUUGAAAGAGGUAGAUCUAUCAGAUUUUAUUGCUGGAAGGCCAGAAGCAGAAGCACUUGAAGUGAUGACUAUAUUUUCUUCUGCGCUGGAAGGUUGUGCUUUAAGAUAUCUGAAUCUGUCAAAUAAUGCCAUGGGUGAAAAGGGGGUAAGAGCAUUUCGGUCGCUCCUGAAAUCGCAAUAUAACUUGGAGGAGCUUUAUUUGAUGAAUGAUGGUAUUUCAGAGGAAGCUUCAAAAGCAGUUGCUGAAUUGAUCCCUUCCACUGAGAAGCUUAGGGUUCUUCAUUUCCAUAAUAAUAUGACUGGGGAUGAAGGGGCGGUUGCUAUUGCUGAAAUUGUGAAACGUUCCCCAGCUUUGGAAGAUUUCCGCUGUUCAUCUACCAGAGUAGGCUCUGAUGGUGGAGUUGCUCUUGCUGAAGCACUUGGGGCUUGUAAGCAUUUGAAGAAGCUUGAUUUGCGUGACAAUAUGUUUGGUGUGGAAGCUGGAGUUGCUCUAAGCAAAGUAAUACCUGCAUUUGUUGAUCUGACUGAGAUAUACCUCAGUUAUUUGAACUUGGAGGAUGACGGCGCAGAAGCCCUUGCCAAUGCACUCAAGGAAUCUGCACCGUCACUGGAAAUUUUGGAUAUGGCUGGGAAUGACAUAACUGCAAAAGCUGCUGCAUCUGUGGCUGCCUGCAUAUCAUCAAAGCAGUUCCUAACCAAGUUAAAUUUAUCUGAAAAUGAACUGAAGGAUGAAGGUGCAGUUUUGAUCAGUAAGGCACUGGAAGAAGGUCACGGCCAAUUAAAUGAAGUUGAUUUAAACACAAACUCAAUCACAUGGUCAGGAGCUAGGCUGUUGGCAGAAGCUGUUGUUCAAAAACCUGGAUUUAAGUUGCUAAACAUUAAUACUAACUUCAUUUCUGAAGAAGGUGUCGAUGAGUUGAAGAAUAUAUUUAAAAAUUCGCCUGAUACGCUGGGUCCUUUGGAUGAGAAUGAUCCUGAAGGAGAGGACAAUGACUAUGAGGCUGAAGAAGAUGAUGAGCAUGAUGAGUUGGAAUCAAAACUGAAGGGCCUUGGCAUUUAGAAGUAUUCAUAGGAAUUAAGUAUGCAACUUCUACAUCAGAUUGAUUGUAGGCCAAUUAAUAUUUGCGACUGGCAUACAUGUUUCAGACCCGGUAGCUAGCUUUAAUCUAUGAUUUUAGAUUUUCUAUUCCAUGACUUUUUUCAAAGAUUACCAGAUAUAUGCUCUUAAUAUAUCUGGCCGGACAUGAAAUGGACAAAUGGUAUUAGCUGCAGAAAUUUCAGGGCUCUAUUGUACUUGGACCUUUUGUUGGGAAUUCAUCUUUGAUUGCAGAGUCACUGCUCUCCUUUUUUA